AUGAUAUUCCACAGCAUUCUCAUCAUGAUUUUAUCUACAGUUUUUAUAUUAUUUGUGGUUAAAGUUACUAAAACCAACAGUUUAAAUUUGGAUGUUGGAAAAGCACAUAUAUUUUCUGGACCAAAGGACAGUUUCUUUGGAUAUUCUGUGGCCUUUGUUAAGAAUGGAGAAAAUGAGAAAUGGAUUUUGAUUGGUGCCCCUCGAGCCAAUGAUUCGUCAUACCCUGGGUUAUCGAAGCCUGGAGGACUAUACAAAUGUCAGAAGGAUCUACAGCCAUCCUGUGAAAUGAUUUCUAAUAUCAACAUAGGUAUGUACGACGUAUCUGAUAACUGGAUGGGCGGGUCACUGGAUGUUGGACAACAAUUUAUACUGGUGUGUGGUCACCGAUGGACGAGAUCAUAUGAUGAAAAUUUUAGCAUGAAUGGAAUUUGUGUUGAAAUGGGACGAGAUUUUGAUGAGUCAAGGACUCGAAAAUACCUAGAUGAUCCUGAUAAGCAAGUUGAUGUCAACGAUAAACUUAUUUAUCGUAUUGGGGCUAUGGGCAUGUCCUGUGCGUACGCACCCACGGGUAAGUCACGGUUAGUUGAGAAGGCUAUGGGAGCUCCUGGAAUAUAUGAAAGUACAGGGGGAGUGGUCAAACGCACUGACUAUGACCAAUCCACUGAUGUAGUACACUUCAGUGACCUGAGCCAGACCGAGGGUCAGCUGUACGGGUAUUCGUUGACGUUCGGGAAGCUAUACGGAGGUGAAGCUUUCAAUUUGAUUAUAGGUGGACCUCGUGAUGGAAUGACUGGUCAGGUUAAAAUUCUGAAGGAUAAGACAAACAACUUUGAUCUGAUACAACAGCUGCCUGGUGAACAGGUAGGGAGCUACUUUGGGUCAGCUCUUGCGACCACGCCUCUAAAAGCUGGUGAGCCAGAGUACUUACUGGUGGGAGCCCCUAUGUAUUCUGCUUACAACAGAAAUAACUGGAACAUUAACGGAGAGAUCGGCAAAGUUUACAUCUACAGAUAUGACCCUGAUGCUGGAAAGAUGUUGCUCACCCAAACAUUUAACGGAAGUCAAUCAGAUGGAGCCCGAUAUGGAACGGCUGUUUCUAGUCUUAAUGAUAUAAAUGGAGACACUUACUACGACAUUGCUAUUGGUGCUCCAUACGAGGAUGAAGGACGUGGUGUUGUGUACGUAUACAAUGGAUAUCACGGUGGAUUCUGGCCCAAAGAGACACAAAAGUUACGAGGAAGGGACAUAAAUCCAAGUCUAAGGACUUUCGGAGCAGCCAUCUCAAAGCCCUUUCUGUACAACGAUGAUGCCUUUUAUGAUACUCUGAUUGGAGCAUUUAUGUCUGACAAGGCAGUGUUAAUGUUUUCCCAACCAACCAUAAACAUGCAGGUUACUAUGAUGAUAGGUGACACAAUAACUAACGACAUUAUAAUGGAGGACACAGAAAAGUUCACAGUGAAACUCUGCUUUUCAUAUGGGGGAAAAGGCCUCCCCAGUGAAGCAGAUGUGGAGUUUAUGGUAGAUGUUGAUACCAACGCGAUCGGAAAACACAGAAGAGUCGUUUUAGAGAGUGGUGGUUACAACAUCAAUGGAAGUAAGACCGUACAAGGAUCAUUAACGCAAACCUGUGUCCUACCUCCGUAUACUGUCAUAGUACAGUCACAUACAGACCUGUUUGUGCCAGUAGUAUUUUCCACUACCUACAACAUCAGGAAUGAUAUUGUGAGCAGAUGUAAAAAUAAUGUGUGUCCAACAGUGAACACAUUCAAUGGUGCACAGGCGAACCCAACCAUUCAAGGAUUCAAUAAAGAGUUGGCGCUACAGAGACCAGGAUGUGGAGAAGAUAAUGUCUGCCAAGUCGAUAUAAAUGUCAACGCCAAAGCUAAAUUCACACAUCCAGAUACAGACCUAAUUGUCGGAGAAGACGCCAAGUUUGAGUUAGAUGUUCAGAUGGAGAAUAAAGGUGCAGACUGGGCAUAUUCACCGUUUGCCGAGAUUGAGGUUCCAGAAUACAUUGACUUUGUUAUGUCAGAGCCAGCAGAUGUCGCAUGUUACACAAGUUCAUCCAAACAGCUGGUGUGUCAAAUUCCUGAAGUGUUGAAAGCUAAUGGAGGCAAAUAUUUUAAUUUGAAAUUUGAGGCCUCUAAAGCUCCAGUAAAGGACUUUGUAAUUAAAGUUGAAGGGCACACUAUUAGCACAGAUACUAAUCCUGGAAACAACCAACAAAUCAUCUCUGUCAGUGUGAGGUCAAAGGUCUACGAGGAGUUCAGAGGCAAUUCCAUUCCCGAGAUCUACGUUACCAAAGAGGAAACUGAUGUGAAGCUUGUCACACACAAAUUUGACUUUGAGAACAAUGGGCCCAGUGCUUUAACAUCAGAAACCGAAUUCAAGGCCAGAUUUCCAUUCCUGAGAAUUGACAACCAAGACCUAUUUGUCCUUCAGCAAUUCAUUGUGACCACUCAACUGGACAAGGUUGUGAAUGUGUCAAGUUCUGAAACUACUUCUGUCCGGUGUUGGGUAAACAGAGAUAACUCUCGGAACUACAUGGCUGUUACUACUGAGGAUGGAGAGGGCGUGGUCAGCCACAAGUUCAGCAUCCAAGAUUUCUUCAACUUUGAGGUCAAUGCAGUGAAAAAGGAUUGUCAGACGGAUGAAUGUGACUCAUUUACUUGUGGCAUGGUUCCCAUACCUGCUGGAUUCGCUGUCUCCAUAACAAUGAACUUUACCCUCAGUCCUAAAACACUCGAUAAGGUUAAGGCAAGUGUUAAUGAUGAGCUGAAGGAAGUGAAGAUCUUGUCUGUAAUGACCAUUGAUUAUCCAGACGAUAUCUCUUUGAUAGAGCAGGAGGCGGAAGCAAACACACAAACGGCAGCCAUCGUGGUCCUGCCAAACAAGCCAGUAGACGAGAGUAUUGCAUGGUGGAUCAUCCCCGUAAGUGUCCUUGGUGCUAUCGUUCUCUGUGUCGCCAUUGCCUGGAUUUUAAGGAAGUUUGGAUUCUUCAAGAGAAUGAAAAUGCCGGAAGGAGACCAAGUGCUUAUGCAGCCUGUUACAACAAAUGGGAAUCAUGAUGGAGACGCCCCAGUAGACAACGAGGCUACUAACGGAACUGUAAACAAUGACAAUGAGCAGUUUGUUGAAAAAGUAGAUGAAACUGAAAAACUUAUGGAUCCUGUUGAUUUAACGGAGGAGAAUAAUUAAUCUUAAAUUUACAUAAACAGGAAUGUUACCUGUUUUAAUGUAUAUGAAACCCACUAUAAACAUGCUGAACUGAUUUCCAAGUUCUGGGUUUUAAUAUCAUUGUCAUUCUCUACAUCAUACCAAAACAUUUGAUAAUGUUAAUUACUCUAUACCUUAUCUGAAGGAGAACAAUACCCGGCAAUACAUCGUAAGACAAUUAAAUAUAAUUGGAUUAAUGACGGAUUUAAGAUAAGGAAAGUAAGAUGACAGGUUUAAGAUGAUAGUGUAAGAUGACAAGUUUAAGAUGACAGAUUUAAGAUGAUAGUGCAAGAUGACGGGUUUAAGAUGAUGGGUUUAAGAUAAAAGUGUAAGAGGACAGAUCUUUGAUGACAGGUCUAAGAUGAUAGUGUAAGAUGACAGGUUUAAGAUGAUAAUGUAAGAUGAUGGGUUUAAGAUGAUAAUGUAAGAUGACAGGUUUAAGAUGAUAAUGUAAGAUGACAGGUUUAAGAUGAUAAUGUAAGAUGACAG